AUGCGGGACAAGGAUCAACUUGCGGUGUGGCGAGAAAGGUUAGAAAAGACGUUUGAAAAAUUCCAAAGCAAUCGUUUGCAGAUGGAUCUUUUAGAGGAAGAUGGGCAAGACCUUGAUGAUACUUCGUUAGCUGGUGCCGAAGAAGGUGCAAAACCAGUCAGACGAGAAUGCUACGAUUCCCUCGUUAAGCUGAUAGACGAUUUCGAACGUAAUCUGAGGAUGAUCGAGAAGAUGAGGAUAGACAUUGAGGGUUGGAGCAUCCUACUGGCUCACAUGGUUUGUUCGCGUCUCGACUCGUCCACGUUGAAGCAGUGGGAAAAUUACAACCAGUCCACGGAGGCACCCGAGUACAAUAAUCUAAACGAGUUUUUACGACGUCAUAGCACAGUUUUGCAAUCGAUCGCGCCAGGAAAAUCUCGUACCACCGAUCCUUCACGGUCGGAGCCCAUCCGGCCACAGAAGUCAAGGUUCAGUAGCAUACAUUCCGUUACCAGUUCAGCACCAAGGCCCUGUCCAUUCUGUAAGCAGUCGGCUCAUUCGCCAUUCAAAUGUGAAGCUUUUAGAAAUUCGCCAAUCCAGCAAAGGUACGAGUUAGUGAAGAGAAAGGCACUAUGUAUUAAUUGCCUCUCACCAGAUCACCAAAUCAAGAACUGUUCAUCCAGUGCGUGUCGUGUUUGUGGACAAAAACACCACACUAUGUUACACCAACAAACUAACAAUCGUAGUCCCAAUCUAAGCCAAGCAUCCAAAUCGGCUUCUAGUUCGCUCAUCUCUGAUCAAACUCAGUCCCAAACUCAGAACAAUCGAAACACGACUAAUGUUUCGAAUCAGACUUCCUCGCCAACUGUUCCUACCGACGUUCAAGUCCCAUCAACAUCGUCAUCGCUCAGCCAUUGCUCCACCUCCUUGGUUGCCAAUGUUCGUCAGAUUCCAUCGACUGUCCUACUGCAGACAGCGUUAGUGAAAGUUUUCGAUCCCACUGGAUACUUCUUAUGGGCUAGAGUUCUACUUGAUCCCGCAUCGCAGCUCAACGUUGUUUCUGAACGCUUCGUGCAGCGUUUAACUGUUCGAAAGGUCAAGGACCAUCACGUUAUUGGGGGUAUUGGCAAGGCCACUAUCCUAUCUACACACUCAAUCGUAGCUCGUAUUCAGUCACACUAUACUGAGUUCAGUGCAGAUCUUAAGUUCCAAAUUCUGGAGGAAAUCACUCGCGAACUUCCCAACAACGCCGUUGAUAUCUCUGAGUGGGUUUGGCCUAAUGACAUUGUUCUUGCUGAUCCUAAAUUCCAUGAACCGGCAUAUGUUGAUAUGAUCAUAGGAAUGGAGAUUUACUACGAUCUUCUCCUCGAAGGACUAAUCCGGUUAGGCCCAGGAAAGCCGGUGUUGCAGCAAACUACCCUGGGUUGGGUAGUGUCCGGAAGAGUAGGAAUCCAGCAAUCUUAUCAAUCGACUCCAAGCCUCGUCAAUGUAUGUAGUACAGAACCGUUGGACGACCAACUAGCAAAGUUUUGGGAGCUAGAAUCUUGCCAGUCUUCGAGCAUCAUGUCCGUCGAAGAAACAGUCUGUGAGGCACACUUCGCUGCAACUACGAGCAGAGACGCUACCGGUCGGUUCGUUGUAGUUCUCCCAAAGAAGCCAUCCGUUAUGCCACUACUAGGAAACUCGUAUGAAAUUGCCAAACGCCGUUUUCUUUCCCUGGAACGUCGUCUACAAGCCAAUCCACUACUUCGGUCAGCGUAUGCGGCAUUCAUCAACGAGUACCGCAACCUAAAACAUAUGCAAGAAGUAAUCGAGUCACAAAUCCUCACGUCCCCGUCCUACUAUCUCCCACAUCUUUGCGUCGUGCGUCCUGAUAGUCUCACCACCAAGCUACGUGUUGUAUUUGAUGCACCGUGUACGACCGACACUGGCAUUUCACUGAACGAUGCAUUGAUGGUGGGUCCGGUGGUGCAGGAAGAUCUUGUCUCAAUAAUAUUGCGUUUUCGGAUGCCCCGGUAUGCCAUUAUUUCGGACGUGGAAAAAAUGUACCGGCAAGUGUUAGUCCAUUCGUCCGAUCAGCCACUCCAGCGAAUUCUCUGGAGAAACGAACCGUCCGAACCAAUACAGAUCUACGAGUUGAUGACAGUGAACUACGGCACCUCAGCUGCACCAUACCUGGCGACGAAAUGUCUGCAACAGCUUUCUAAACUGGGCCAAUCAUCGCAUCCUACUGCUGCACAAGUAAUUGCAAAUGAUUUCUAUAUGGACGACAUGAUCAGUGGCACCGACACAAUCGAAGAAGGAAAGAUUUUAUGCACGGAACUCCUACAAUUGCUUCAAUCUGCUGGGUUUAGUCUACGAAAAUGGUCGUCCAAUAGCCAAGAAAUCUUGGCACACAUUCCAGCCGAUCGUCAUGAUGAACGCACCGUACUCGACUUGGAUACAUCUCCUACUGUAAAAACCUUAGGGCUCAAGUGGGAGCCUGCUUCCGACAUGUUCGGAUUUCAAGUCCCAACGUGGAAUGAAGGGACCAUUAUCACGGAACGAAUCGCCCUGUCCGAUGCUGCUCGGCUCUACGAUCCUUUAGGACUCGUUGGACCCGUAAUCGUUCUAGCCAAGGUCUUCAUGCAGGAAUUGUGGAGGAACCAAAAUUCGUGGGACGAACCUCUAGAAGAUUAA